GGAAUGGCAAGACUUCAUGCCUAUAAAUACGAUUGCGCUGCUCGGUGGCUUUCAGAACCCAGCUUGAAACAGUGACGUGAGGAUAUUCUCGUGCUCCAACACUUCUCAAGCGAUACACCAUGCAGAUCUUCGUGAAGACCCUAACGGGGAAGACCAUUACCUUGGAGGUUGAGCCUUCAGACACCAUUGAGAAUGUGAAGGCCAAGAUCCAGGACAAGGAGGGCAUUCCACCAGACCAGCAGAGGCUGAUCUUCGCCGGGAAACAGCUGGAGGAUGGCAGGACCCUGUCCGACUACAAUAUUCAAAAGGAAUCCACGCUCCACCUUGUCCUCAGGCUGCGUGGUGGCAUGCAGAUCUUCGUGAAGACCCUCACAGGAAAGACCAUCACUUUGGAGGUUGAGCCUUCAGAUACCAUUGAGAAUGUGAAGGCAAAGAUCCAAGACAAAGAAGGCAUUCCCCCAGACCAGCAGAGGUUGAUCUUUGCCGGAAAGCAGCUUGAAGACGGCAGGACCCUCUCUGACUACAACAUCCAGAAGGAAUCCACACUCCACUUGGUCCUGCGAUUGAGAGGAGGAAUGCAAAUCUUCGUCAAGACCCUCACAGGAAAGACCAUCACUUUGGAGGUUGAGCCUUCAGAUACCAUUGAGAAUGUGAAGGCCAAGAUCCAGGACAAGGAAGGCAUUCCCCCAGACCAGCAGAGGUUGAUCUUUGCAGGAAAGCAGCUUGAAGAUGGCAGGACCCUCUCUGACUACAACAUCCAGAAGGAAUCCACACUCCACUUGGUCCUGAGAUUGAGAGGAGGAAUGCAAAUCUUCGUCAAGACCCUCACAGGCAAGACCAUCACCCUAGAAGUUGAGCCUUCAGACACCAUUGAGAAUGUGAAGGCAAAGAUCCAAGACAAGGAAGGCAUUCCCCCAGACCAGCAGAGGUUGAUCUUUGCCGGAAAGCAGCUUGAAGAUGGCAGGACCCUCUCUGACUACAAUAUCCAAAAGGAAUCCACACUCCAUCUUGUACUCAGGCUGCGUGGUGGCAUGCAGAUCUUUGUCAAGACCCUCACAGGCAAGACCAUCACUCUGGAGGUUGAGCCUUCAGACACCAUCGAGAAUGUGAAGGCCAAGAUCCAGGACAAGGAAGGCAUUCCCCCAGACCAGCAGAGGUUGAUCUUUGCAGGAAAACAGCUUGAAGAUGGCAGGACCCUCUCUGACUACAACAUCCAGAAGGAAUCCACACUCCACCUUGUCCUCAGGCUGCGUGGUGGCAUGCAGAUCUUCGUCAAGACCCUCACAGGCAAGACUAUCACCCUGGAAGUUGAGCCUUCAGACACCAUUGAGAAUGUCAAAGCCAAGAUCCAGGACAAGGAAGGCAUUCCACCUGACCAGCAGAGGCUGAUCUUUGCAGGAAAGCAGCUUGAAGAUGGCAGGACACUCUCUGACUACAACAUCCAGAAGGAAUCCACCCUCCACCUUGUUCUCAGGUUGCGUGGUGGCAUGCAGAUCUUCGUCAAGACCCUCACAGGAAAGACCAUCACUCUGGAGGUUGAGCCUUCAGACACCAUUGAGAACGUCAAAGCCAAGAUCCAGGACAAGGAAGGCAUUCCCCCAGACCAGCAGAGGCUGAUCUUUGCUGGUAAACAACUGGAGGAUGGCAGGACGCUGUCUGACUACAAUAUCCAGAAGGAAUCUACACUCCAUCUUGUCCUCAGGCUGCGUGGUGGCAUGCAGAUCUUCGUGAAGACACUCACCGGGAAGACCAUUACCUUGGAGGUUGAGCCUUCAGACACCAUUGAGAACGUCAAAGCCAAGAUCCAGGACAAGGAAGGCAUUCCCCCAGACCAGCAGAGGCUGAUCUUUGCAGGAAAGCAGCUUGAAGACGGCAGAACCCUGUCCGAUUACAACAUCCAAAAGGAAUCCACACUCCACUUGGUCCUAAGAUUGAGAGGAGGAAUGCAAAUCUUCGUGAAGACCCUCACAGGCAAGACCAUCACUCUGGAGGUUGAGCCUUCAGACACCAUUGAGAACGUGAAAGCCAAGAUCCAGGACAAGGAAGGCAUUCCCCCAGACCAGCAGAGGUUGAUCUUCGCAGGUAAACAACUUGAAGAUGGCAGGACCCUCUCUGACUACAACAUCCAAAAGGAAUCCACACUCCAUCUUGUGCUCAGGCUGCGUGGUGGCAUGCAGAUCUUUGUCAAGACCCUCACAGGCAAGACCAUCACUCUGGAGGUUGAGCCUUCAGACACCAUUGAGAAUGUCAAAGCCAAGAUCCAGGACAAGGAAGGCAUUCCCCCAGACCAGCAGAGGCUGAUCUUCGCUGGGAAACAGCUGGAGGAUGGCAGGACCCUCUCUGACUACAACAUCCAGAAAGAAUCCACACUCCACCUUGUCCUCAGGCUGCGUGGUGGCAUGCAGAUCUUCGUGAAGACACUCACCGGGAAGACCAUUACCUUGGAGGUUGAGCCUUCAGACACCAUUGAGAAUGUGAAGGCCAAGAUCCAGGACAAGGAGGGCAUUCCCCCAGACCAGCAGAGGUUGAUCUUUGCUGGGAAACAGCUAGAGGAUGGCAGGACCCUAUCUGACUACAACAUCCAGAAGGAAUCCACACUCCACCUUGUCCUCAGACUGCGUGGUGGCAUGCAGAUUUUCGUGAAGACACUCACAGGCAAGACCAUCACCCUGGAGGUUGAGCCUUCAGACACCAUUGAGAAUGUGAAGGCCAAGAUCCAGGACAAGGAAGGCAUUCCCCCAGACCAGCAGCGGCUUAUCUUUGCUGGAAAGCAGCUUGAGGAUGGCAGAACCCUGUCAGACUACAAUAUCCAGAAGGAAUCCACACUCCACCUUGUGCUCAGGCUUCGUGGUGGCAUGUAGAGGUGCAAUGCAAGCUCGAGGUGCCUCAUGACACAGCUUUAAGGAACUUUAUUUUUGCAGAUUUUAUUCUGUAUACCAUUUUCUUACUUUUUAUAAUAUGGCAGAACAAAAUAAAGUUAUUAAUUUG